AUGUACAGGCCCGAUGAGAAUUUGGCGGAAGCACGCAUAGGCUCGCCAAAUGCUCUUCUGAACUGCUCCAUGGGAAUUUUCGCAACUUUGAAAACAUAUGGUACCAAUGAAGUGGGGCUGCAGAACCAAACCUCACCCAUGGUAAGUGUGGAUAGAGGGGGGGGGUGGUAGAUGCAGAGAGCUGUGCUUCAGUAGAAAAAAAAUCUUAGCGCAAUUUGUCAGCGCCCCCUCUGCCAGAAAUUGGCUGUCCUCUUCGUCUCCCGCGUGUGGCUCUAAAUCGUGGCUUGAAGCCAAACAGAAGUCUGCCUUAGCGUAGUCUCGCUACUUCCCUUAUGCAACUACGGCCCCUUUCACGUGCACUUGUUUAGUUCUGGGCAAUUGGUAGGCCAGCAGUACGCACCCCCCCCCGUCUCCUACACCAGCUACUGUAGGUGAGCUAACUCAUGAAAUGUCAACCAAAAUUCCGAAAUGCGUUCUCGUUUUGAAAAGAUUAAUUAAGUAGGGUUAUAAAACUAAUCAGCCUGCAGUAUAAUAAUUCAGUUACCUCGAGAUGCCGGCUUUCGAAUGAACUUCCUUCCGGCUGCAUGCAAAACCUACACUCCGUAAAUAAUGACAACCUUUGUGACAUGCAUUUUUCUCAUUGAUUUUCGAUGCCUCUAAAAGUCUAAUUAUAUUUUCUGGAAAACAUGCAUUAAAGUAUUCAUUCUCCAGCUCAUCCAAUAGGUAAUUACGUCUUCUUCCAAUUUUAUGCCCUAAAGAAGGGUAUUAUUCGGUUUUCAAAAGCAUUUCCAAUGCCCGAAUAAUUUUGAACCCGCUCUGCCGUUGCACUUGCAUUCGGGUUUUCCAAACUACAAGCCGUAGGCUAAUAAAGCUAUUGUCCCAGCGAUAGUGUCUCCUACAAGCCGUAUAUUUUCCGCGUUCGGGAAACCGUAAAUUUGUCUACGGUAUGCAGAGGAGAUCAUAUGAGGUUCAUAAAAUGUAGUAGUGAAUUUGAUCCAUAUUGUUAACUUUACAAGACACAUUGGUGAAUGCACAGAUAUGACGAUUUAUGAACGGCCAUUUUACUGUAUUUAAAAGUCCCACAAUUAGAAACUUUUUGAAAACCGAAUUCGAGUAUAAGAUUGAAAGAAGACGUAAUUUUCUACCGAAUGAGCAAGAGAAUAAAUAUUUUAUGAAUGUUUUCCAUGAAAUAUAAUUGGACUUUUAGGGGCAUUGAAAAGCAAAGAGAAAAUUUAUGCUACUUAAGUAGUCAUUUUUUACAGAGUGUAGUUUUUGCAUGCGGCCGGAAGGAAGUUCAUUCGAAAGUCGGCAUGCUGAGGUAACUGAAUUGUUAUAGAAUUUUACCGCAGACUGAUUUGUCUUAUAACCCCUCUUAAUCAAUUAUUUCGAAACGAAAACGCAUUUCGGAAUUUCAGUUGUCAUUUCAUGAAUUAGCUCACCCACUGUACGUGGCAUUACUGUAAAAAAGGGAACUCCCAAAUAAUCUAUCGUGAAGGCCAGUAGUUGGUUUGCAGCGACAGUUAGACCGUCGCAAGCGGCGAUGUCCACUUUGUGCCCUACAGAGUGAGUACAGGGCCGGUGGCUUGUGCUUGAAUCAGUUGAUAUGUGAGACAAACUUGAGCGCAGCAUCUACGACACUCUCCCCUUCCUCACCCACCCUACUCCGAUGGUAAAGCGAAGUCAAGACGGUCGGAAGUAAGCGUUGGCGUGGUGACGGACAACCCGUCUACGCGUGCCACACACGAUCUCGCUCUGCACUGGGGAUUGAGAACUUGCAGGGGGUGUUUGUUGGCACAGCUCUGAGCAUGCCUGAUUCAGUCGGCCUUGAUGAUGUCAUGGAUUGUACGCGUGACAAUCCGCGGCCGCGAAUCUAGACACCUCACUUCAUUCUCAUCUCCAUCGAUUGUGACCGAAUAACGAAGUUCCAGGGACCACCUCAGUCGUUCAUCUUGGUUGACCUGGGAUAUCCUCGCGAUGUUGUUGCAGCGACUUCGGACUGUCUCGGUGAGACGAAGUCGGUGUACUUCACUCGACGGAUGGUUGUCAGGCAGCGAUAGUCAAACACCUUCAGUUUUCGUUCAUCUUCCACGCCCACAGCUCAGCAUCGAGGAUCGUAGAGGAGGACUGACCGGACGGAUUCAUGGUACAGACGGAUCUUUGUGGCGAUGGAGAUGUCACGUCGAGUCCAUAGACGCCUUCCAACACUUGAGAAAACCCGGCGAGAUACACCCACUUAGGAAGCAACGUCGUCCUUACUCUAGCCUUUAGGGUAGCAGCUUGUCCCGAGGUAAGUGAAACUGUCUACAUGACAGAGAUGCUUCCUGGCACGGGACUUGGAAAGACUUUAGUCUUCCCAGCGCUCAUGUAUAAACUGACGGAUUUCGCGGCUUCGUCCAUCUGUGAUACCAGAGACUGUGGAUCACUAAAGUUUGGUGCGAACAAGGCGAUAUCGCCAACGCAGUCAAGUUCAUUCAGCCGACGUCCGAGGGCAAAUUCAACACCCUCAAGAGUGUAGGCCUCUCCCGAGCGAAAUAUGUCCUCCCAUGUGCGUGGUAGUGCUACCAAAAUCACAGAGAAAAUGGGCCGUUCCAGGCUAACCCAGUCCCCUAAGGACUGAGUUAUUCCGUCUCAUUAUUCUACCUUCUAGGUCACAAUGCGCUACGACGGGCUUCACAGCACUUCCCUACUGAAUGGCAGGGAAACAUCAAAUAUUUGGUAGCCCCUCUGUCAAAGCCGCCUCUUUUAGGGCGUCACGUUUGCCGAAAAGUUUAGUGCCUUGCUUACACUGGGAUGUCCUAUCCCUGAGAUUCCUCGCCACCCAUCCUCCCAUAUGCGCACCAUUUCUCUCUCUCUGCCGGAGAGCUAAACACAUCGGUCCUGCGGCUCGUUUACACAGGCGCAUUUUUUAAAUUUCAGCUGGCCCAUCACGGACCUCCUCCGCUUCCCUUUCCGCCCCCGGAGAUGGUACCAUCCCUGCUUCCGCCUUUGCACGUCCUCCAGAACAGACCUCCCUGCCUCAGGUCACUGUCCCACUGUUGAGUCAACCCGCUUUGCGGGUGGCAGCCAAUCCCGACUGUUCUCCUGCCGCCCCAACCACCUGCUAGAACUGUGUUGCUGCGUAGCAACUUCACUCCGACUUCCUUCCUCUCCGCCUUUGUCUUUCUUGGAACUUAAUAAGAGAACCCAGAGGGGAUGACACAGAAGCUAUUCAUCCGUUUUUAGGUGCCGUUCUUGCUCCAUGCAGCAUCUGCCAGCCUGCUACUGUGUUUGACCUUCCUCUCCCCUCCACCGCCCCGUCCCCCGCACUAUGUUGUCCACCACUUCCCCCCCCCGGCCCCUUCCAGUGCCGACUCCUUUUGCUGGUUUGUCAGCUUCUAUGUACAUCGUCUUUCAUGCAGGGGGGGGGAGGGGGGAGGAAGGGAAGGGUUUAUUCAUGUGUGCCUGUGUGCGAGGGUUGACGGUACUUUAGCGUGGUCUUGCCAUUGUCGGCUAAACUCAUUUGCAAACGCUUGCACUUUCGGUGUUAACGCCCCCCUCCCACUCCCGCCUUUAUGCUUCUGCUCUCCUUCCAGCCUUGUGAUCACCUAUGCGUGCUCCCCCGCGCGCGCGGUCUUUCCACCACUCCGUCCCCCUCAUCCAGUGAUGCUUCUGGUGACUUAGACGAACCACCUUACAUCCCUAUUCUUUGUCAAUAAUAUGUUGCUGAUGUCAAUAAUGACAACGAUGCCAAUUUUGUAGGUGAGUUGUCCUGAGAUCCGGUGGGCGUGUGUUCCGUGUCCUUCUGCUGACGGUGAGGAAGAAAGGCCGCUGCGCAAGCACUAGGGUUUUACCUGCGGUUACUACUACUACUACUACUACUACUACUACUACUACUACUACUACUACUACUACUACUACUACUACUACUACUACUACUACUACUACUACUACUACUACUACUACUACUACUACUACUACUACUACUACUACUACUACUACUACUACUACUACUACUACGGCCACUACUACUACUACUACUACUAA